AUGUCAGAAAAUAUAUUGAAUGAAAUUUCAACUCCUGUUGAGAUUACAAACAGAGAAGAACUGAUAAAGAGUGCCUCAACUUCUCUCAACUCCAAAGUUGUGUCACAACAGUCCAGCCAUUUAGGGCCUUUGGCAGUAGAUGCAGUACUCAGAAUAGUGGAACCUGGACGCGAGCAGGCUUGUAAUCUUAACGAUAUCAAAGUUAUCAAGCAAUUAGGGGGAACUGUAGAAGACACAGAGUUAGUCGAAGGAAUCGUGUUCCCUCAGAGAUCUUCAAAUGUUUCUGGGCCAAAACGUAUUGAAAAAGCUAAGAUUGGAUUCAUCCAGUUCUGCAUUUCACCUCCCAAAACAGACAUGGACCACAACGUUAUUGUGUCAGACUACGCUGCAAUGGAUAGAGUUCUGAAAGAAGAAAGAGCUUACAUUCUGAAUAUCGUUAAACAAAUUAAGAAAGCUGGAUGCAACGUUCUUCUGGUAAUAAUAUUCUUUAUUAACAUCAGUGCACCAUAUCGGAUGAGGAUUUUAUUUGGAGCACAUGUAUUUUUUUAAGUUGGCUAAUCUGUU